UUUAGUAAGUACCAAAUGCAUUGUGAUAGGCAAUUUAAAUGCUACAUGACGGGAUCAAAUUGAGAAUUGAUCAGAUUGAAAUAUUACUGAGGUUUUAUUUUACAGGAAAAAUAAAGUGAAAGUAUAUUAGUGUUAUAUAAAAACGAGUUGUUACUACUAUGGGGCUUGGCUUGAUCAUUUCGAUUGCUUUGGUCAUUUCUGUGAAAGGAGAAUCUAUGAAUAACACGUGUGAUUCGUCACCUUGCAAAAAUGGGGGAACUUGUCAAAAUUCGAAUGAGGAGCCGUAUUAUACGUGCGUUUGUCAUCCAGAAUAUCAGGGAACUCAGUGUGAAGAAAUAACAUUCAUCAUCAGCACCACAAACAACUGCAAAUAUCACGUCAACCUUCGUGAUAAAAAAUUAUUCACCGAUACAAAAAUCAACAUGUUAGAAGUCUUGGAGGAGCGAGAGCAAUGAUGAAAACAGUAAAAAUUCAGAACUUGGUUGAAAGUCAGGCAAUAAAGCAGUAUGGAGCCACAGGAGGAGAAAUUGGAUUUUGGAUUGGUGGAUACAAAGAUAAAAAUAGUAUGGACAUGGGCUGAUGGUACAGACGUUCCAACAACAGGAAAAUUCAAAAUGGGCUGUAACCAACACAGUUCCAAUGGCUAUAUGAUGUUUAUUACUUCGUUCCGCACCACUAGAGAAAAUAUGAAAUGCAUGCUGUACCAAACAACCUAAAGAAGAAAGGCUACAUAUGUGAAAUAUCAGUGGUUGACAGAUGUUUGCUAUUUCCAUGUCUUAAUUCGGGAACUUGCACAUCAAUUGGUUGUCAAAGAAAAUGCCAAUGCAUGGGGGGUUAUAUGGGAGAAAAUUGUGAAAAUAACGUGUGCGAUUCGUCACCUUGCACAAAUGGAGGAACUUGUGAACUCUCGACUAAAGAGCCGUAUUACACAUGCGUUUGUCAGCCAGAAUAUCGAGGAACUCAGUGUAAAAAUAUAAGAUUAUUCCAUGAUACAACGAACAACUGCAAAUAUCACGUCAACCUUUAUGAUAAAAAAUCAUUCGUCGAGACGAAUUUAACUUGUAGCAGUCUUGGAGGAGCGAUAGCAAUGAUGAAAACAACAGAAAUACAAGACUUGGUUGAAAGUCAGAUAAUAAAGCAAUAUGGAGCCACAGGAGAAGCACUUGAGUUUUGGAUUGGUGGAUUUAAAGUUAGUAAUUCAUGGAUAUGGGUUGAUGGUACAGACGUACCAACAACAGGAAAAGAUUCAAAAUGGCCAACAAACCACCACACUUCCACGGGCAGUAUGAUUCUUAGUCCGCAUGGCAGCGAUAGAGAAAACAUGAUGUGGUUUGCUAAACCAAACUAUAGGAAGCGCGGAUACAUAGGUGAAAUAUCAGAAUAUCAAGUCUGA